AUCGACAUAGUGCUCUUAUAUAGACCCUCUGCGUCGCCUGUCGCAGCAUCCCUCCUCACCCGGCGAUAUCUCCAGCCUUCCUGCUUCCAUUCACCCAUCCGUCCGCCUUCGUCGCAGCAAGCCGCCAGACUCCCGCCCGCCUCUCAUCCUUCGUCUGGCCCACAGCACCCCCAGCCCGCGAUGGUCAGCAACGAUGAGCAGCACCAGCAGCAGCCCUUCGAGCUACGCUCCGUCUCUGUCAUGCUCGACGGCCGAGUGAGCAUUGAGCACCAGCUGGGCAUCUAUAUCAGCGACUUGAUCGACUAUGCCAACGACCCGGACAUUGAGCUCGACACCGCCCUCGAAAGCCUCAAGUACGUCAUGGAGUACCGCAUCAAGGGCAAGAAGAUGCCCCAUCUCGACGCCGAGCUGAUGCGCCGGCUCGUCGAAGCCCUGCUGCAGCACUGCAAGCACAAGACCGGAUCGCUCAUCAAGCAGAUCCCCACCAAGGAGGCCGACAUGGCCUUCACCCUCUUUGGCGAGUUCCUGGACGAGGUCGAAGAGUUCCGGGACGUGGUCUCCAAGAAGAACUCGGUGGAUCUCAAAGAAACCCUGAUGAUCCACCGGCGAUGCCAGCCGUGGUGCACGUUCGAGCAGCGUGAAGAUUCGGCCGCGAUCCUUGGACUGCUGAUGCAGUUCCCUCACUUUGACUGGAAGGACCUCGUCAAGGCCGACGAACACGACGAUGUCCAGAAACUCAUGGACGAGUUUCCCCAAAAGUUUGCCUCCCCCGCCAUGCCUUUGGCUCCUCAGCAGCUCUACCCUCCGUCGGCUCUCUAUUUCGACAAGAACUCGGAGGCUCUCGCCAAGAUGUACCACUCUGACGUCCAAGUUGGUCUGUCCCAGGACAAAGUCGAGGUGUAUCGGGAGCACUAUGGCGUCAACAAGCUACCAGAUCCACCCCGUCCCUCGGUCUGGAAACUGCUGUUCACCCAGAUUACCGACUUCAUGGUCAUCAUCCUGAUCAUUGCUGCGAUCGUCGAAGGCGUCACCGACAGCGGCGACCUCAAGUCGUCUGCAGUCUUGUUGAUCGUCGUCGUCAUCAACGUCAUUAUUGGCUUCAGCCAGGAGUACAAGGCCAACAAGGCCAUGGAGGCCUUGAUGUCCCUCAGCGUGCCCAAGGCCACAGUCAUCCGCGCUGGCAAGCAAGAGUCGCUCGAUGCCGCCGAGCUUGUCCCGGGCGAUCUUGUUGUUCUCGAAGAAGGUGACGCUGUCCCGGCCGAUCUCCGGCUGUGUGAGGUUGCCCAGCUCGAGAUUGUCGAAAGUGUAUUGACCGGCGAAAGUGUUGCCGCACCCAAGAGCAUCCGAACCAUCCGACGACGCACCCGCAAGCUUCCGCUAGCCGAAUGCAAGGGCAACGCCUUCAUGUGCACUGUUGUCGCUCGAGGUCGCGGCAAGGGUAUUGUCGUCCGAACCGGCUUGGAGUCUGAGAUUGGUCGUAUUUCGCAAGCCAUCACAUCGACCCCGCACCAAAUGACCCACAUUCAAAAGAAGCUGCAGUCUCUCGGCACCUGGCUCGUCAUCAUUGCGUUCCUGCUCUGCGCCAUCGUUAUCGGCAUUGGACUUCUCCAUAAGAAUCCUGUUGCUGAGAUGAUUCGAGUCGGCGUCAGCUUGGCUGUUUCUGUUAUCCCCGAAGGUCUCGUUGCCGUCGUCACAGUGACCAUGGCACUCGGUGUCCGCCGAAUGGCCCAAGAAAACGCCAUCGUGCGCAAGCUUGUUUCGGUGGAGUCCCUUGGCUCAGUCACUGUUAUCUGCUCCGAUAAAACCGGAACCCUGACUGAGGGCAAGAUGGGCACUGCCGAGAUCUGGGCGAGUGACAACAACCUCUAUUUGUACACACACUCGACCUCGAUGGAUCCCGAGAAGGGGUGUGCCCAGCUGUGUGCCCCUGCAAUCCUCGAAGAUGCCAUGGCUGACACGGCUGAGCAGAUCGGCAAGAAAGACGAGCAGCGCAAGCAGGGCGCCUCGAACAUUUCAAAAUCGCUCGAAAGCUGCCCUCCGUCGCUGCUCCUGUCGACGAUGGUCUCGUGCCUCUGCAACAACGGUACCAUCAACAAGGACCCCGAAACCAACAAGUGGAAGCCCAUCGGCGACCCCACCGAAAUCGCCAUGGUCAUUGCCGCCCAGAAGGUCGGGUUCACGCGCGAAUGGUUCCAAAACAACCUCGGACUGCAGAAGCUUGGCGAGUACGCCUUUGACAGCGACCGCAAACUUAUGUCGGCCGUGUUUGCCUUGGGCUCUCCAAAGUCCGGCAUCUAUGAGCUCCCGGCCAGCGACCUCUCCUUUGUCCUGGUGAAAGGCGCCCCCGAGGGCGUUCUGAGCAAGUGUACACACUACUUCCCGCCUAUCACGACUGGCCAAUCUGCCUUGGACUACAUUGCCAACGCCGCACCUGUGCCUCUCGACGAUCGCUAUGUGGCCUACGUUUCGGAGCGAGCGACGUCCAUGGCCUCCAAGGGUCUCCGUGUCCUGGCCCUUGCCAUGAAGCGCCAGUCGGUGGCCGAGGGCAGCAACAUCAUCGCUGGCAAGAAGGAGAGUCUCGCCGAAUCAAACCUCGGCUUUGUCGGACUGAUUGGACUGAUCGAUCCCCCAAAGGAGGGCGUCAAGGAGAGUAUCGCAAGCUGCCACCGUGCCGGAAUCACCGUCAUCAUGAUUACCGGUGACCAUGUCAACACGGCCGUCGCCAUUGCCAAGCAGCUUGGCAUCAUCAACCCCGAGAACCCCAGCGAGAGCCGAGCCAUGAAAGGCUACGAGAUUGAUGUGCUGUCGGAGGAGGCGCUUGCCCAGCAGCGGCCCUUCCCACGAGUCUUUGCGCGUGUGAGCCCUGACAACAAGCUCAAGAUCGUCAAGGCCCUCCAGAAAGCGCGCGAAUCGGUGGCUAUGACUGGCGACGGUGUCAAUGACGCUCCUGCCAUCAAGAAGGCUGAUGUCGGCAUUGCCAUGGGUAUUGGCGGCACCGAGAUCACCAAGCAGGCCGCCGACAUUGUCCUUGCCGACGACAACUUCUCCACCAUCGUGGAGGCCAUCCGCGAAGGACGACGUGUCUUUGACAACAUCCAGAAGUUUGUGGUUUAUCUGCUUUCGUGCAACUCUGCUGAGAUCAUCCUCUUCCUGCUUGCUGCCAUUAUCAACGUGCCAACUCCCUUUUCGACGAUCCAGAUUCUGUGGGCCAACGUGAUUGCGGAUAUCCCGCCCGCGAUGGCACUUGGUGGCGAGCCCCACGAGCGAUCGAUCAUGAACCGCAAGCCCAAAGACCCCACCAAGGGCGUGCUCGACUUUGUCACCUGCAGCAUCAUCAUUGCCCAGGGCCUGACGCAGUCGCUGCUCACGCUCGCCGUGUUCCUGAUGGCCGAGAACAACCAGCUUCACAUCAAGAACGACCUGUCCUUCAACCGCAGCAUGGCCUUCACGGUGCUGACGAUGAUGCAGCUGAUCCAGGGUUUCUAUGCUCGCAGUAUCGAUUCGUCGGUAUUCCGGGUGGACUUUUUCAGCAACAAGUUCAUGAUUGGCGCUGUCGCGCUCAGUACCGUCUUCCUGGUGAUGGGCCUCUAUGUUCCUGGUCUCAACACCGUGCUGGAACUCGAAGACAUUGGUGCCAUCGGAUGGGGAAUUGUGUUCAUCUGUCUCGUCAUCCAACUCGUGAUUGUCGAGCUGCUCAAGGUGUUUGCCCGGCGAUUCAAGGACGUGGAUGUGAUGGGCAAGCUGCCCUUCCGCAGGAAGAAGAAGUCCCAGUAUGCGUCGUUCCGCAGCGACCACAUCUGAGCCCCACCAGCGCUGAUCGACGCUGAUCCUGGGCCAAUUUGUGGCUGGCCGGGAACCAGAAACAGGAUAGAGCGACACAUCCCCCUUGCACUGCUUGCUCUGUUGGCCUCGAAACAGGGCCAUACUGGUUGAAACGCAUGCGGGCGAGUGCCCAGGACCGAGUCGUAUUGCGCACUCCCUCAGUGCCGCUUCUGCGGCGUGGCUAAUACACGCGAGAUACGUCUUGGCUAUGGUGUCAGUGAA